AUGUAUUAGAAGAUUAAAAAAAAUAAAUAAAACCCAAUCUAAUACUAAAAUCUAAAUCCCUUCAAGGAAGCAGAGAAGAAAUACAAAUUCUAUGCUGGACUCCAAACCGAUUUUAGCGAACUCAUCGAUGUCAACAAUCUAAAUGAACAAUAAAUGGAACAACAAGGAAUCCAUAAGAAUGGCUCAGUCUAUCAAUUUGAUUACCCUCAAGGAGUCAUCCAAGUCAAGGGUUUUCUCAACCUCGACGAUCAAAUUCGCAUUUCUAAAUUGUGCAUGAAUGAGUACAUCAAUCAACCCUACAGAACCAAUCUGUUCAUCUACAAGGAAGACGAGAACUUCGAUAAGUUCAUAGUCCACGAUGAUAAGAGAUAUCACUUUAAUAAUAAAAUAAGAUGGGCAAAUGUUGGCUAUCAAUACGAUUGGAACAACAGACAAUAUCCACAAGAAAAGACUCAAGUGCCUGAUCCAAUCUAAGAGAUAUCUCAAAGAGCUAACAACUUCUUAUAAUUGUAAAAUCAAUACCAGAGUGAAUCAGUCAUUAUCAACUUUUACUAAUCUCACGAUUACAUGACAGGCCAUCUGGAUGAUGCAGAACUAGAUUAAGAUUCACCUAUCUACUCCUUUAGUUUUGGAUUGUCAAGUGUUUUUGUUAUCGGGGGACCAACAAAGGAUGAAAAACCAAUUGCCAUCAAACUUGAUUCUGGAGACCUAUUAGUUAUGAGUGGCCAUGCUAGGAAAUGCUAUCAUGGAGUCCCCAGGGUUCUUGCAGACUCAUUCAAUCCCAAAUAGUAUUGUCUCAUUAAACAUAUUAGAAAUCCAUUUCAGUAAUAAUAGCUUGAUGGCAAUGUUAAUGCUGAUUUUCAUGUUUUCAAUUACUUAUCAGAACAUAGAAUUAAUAUAAACACAAGAUAAGUAUACAAGCCACAAUUAGAACAAUGA